AUGGCUUCAAACGGCACAACCCCCCACAACGGUGUGGGCAACGUCGGCAGUGGUGGUGGCAGCGACCACACGCCUUCCCAGCGCUACCUGUCGACCCGCGGCGAGGACACCGAUUUCUCCUUCGAGGAGGUCGUCCUCAAGGGUCUCGCCUCCGAUGGCGGCCUUUACAUUCCCUCCGAAAUCCCCCAGGCCGACAACUGGCAGUCCUGGAAGGACAAGUCCUUCACCGAGCUCGCCUUUGAGAUUCUCUCUCUCUACAUCUCCCCCGCCGAGAUUCCCUCGGAAGAUCUCAAGGGAAUCAUCGAGAGGAGUUACUCCACCUUCCGCGCCCCCGAGACCACCCCUCUUCGUCACCUCAACGACAACUUGUACCUGCUCGAGCUCUUCCACGGCCCGACCUUUGCCUUCAAGGACGUCGCUCUGCAGUUCCUCGGCAACCUGUUCGAGUACUUCCUCGUGAGGAAGAACGAGGGCAAGACGGGACGUGACAGGCAUCACCUUACUGUCGUCGGCGCCACGAGCGGCGACACGGGCUCCGCCGCCAUCUACGGCCUCAGAGGCAAGAAGGAUGUCUCCGUCUUCAUCCUCCACCCCAAGGGUCGUGUGUCCCCCAUCCAGGAGGCCCAGAUGACCACCGUCCUCGACGACAAUGUCCACAACCUUGCCGUGACCGGCACAUUUGAUGACUGCCAGGACAUUGUUAAGGCCCUCUUCGCCGACCCCGAAAUCAACAAGACGCACAACCUUGGUGCCGUCAACUCGAUCAACUGGGCUCGCAUUCUCGCGCAGGUCGUCUACUACUUCCACGCCUACUUCGCCCUCAUCAAGUCGUCAGAGACGCUGAAGCUCGGCGACAAGGUCCGCUUCGUCGUGCCGACGGGCAACUUUGGCGACAUUCUGGCUGGCUACUUUGCCUUCCGCAUGGGCCUGCCUGUGGCCAAGCUCGUCGUCGCGACAAACGAGAACGAUAUUCUCCACCGCUUCUGGACCACGGGCCGCUACGAGAAGCACGAGGCCCACGGUGCCGAGGCCGCCGGUGGCCUCGCCCAGGACGGUGCCAAGGCGCACGAGGACGGUGCCAAGGAGACGCUGAGCCCGGCCAUGGACAUUCUCGUGUCCAGCAACUUUGAGCGUCUCCUCUGGUUCCUCGCGUACGAAUUUGCCUCGAGCGUCGGCAUGGGUGACGAGUGGAACAAGAAGCAGGCGGGCCAGGAGGUCACGACAUGGCUGUCAGAGCUCAAGACCAAGGGCGGCUUCGGCCCCGUCUACAAGGACGUCCUCGCAAGCGCGCGCCGCGACUUUGAGAGCGAGCGCGUCAGCGACGAGCAGACGACGGAGACGAUCAGAAACCUGUACAACAGCAGCGCCGCGUACGUGCUCGACCCACACACGGCCGUCGGCGUCGCGGCAUCGCUGCGGUCGAUCGAGCGCAGCGGGCCUGAGGUGCCGCACAUCUCGCUGUCGACGGCGCACCCGGCCAAGUUUGCUGGCGCCGUCGAGCUGGCGCUCAGGGACGAGGCCGGCUUUGACUUUGCCGGCAAGGUGCUGCCGCAGGAGUUUGUCGGGCUCGAGAGCAAGGAGAAGAGGGUGUCGGAGGUGGCGGCCGACUGGAAGCAGGUGCGCGCUGUGGUGACGAAGCAGGUCGAGGAGGAGCUCAAAGGCCACUCGAGCUAA